AUGACAUCAUUAUGUUUAAGUGAAUGGCCAUCCACAUGGAAGAUUCAGGAAAAUACACGAGAUCAAAAAUUUAAUUUUUCUCAACUGGCUGAAUUAAAUAUAACCAGUCAGCAAUUAUAUCAUUGGUCAGCACCAAUAGAUAUUAUUGAGUCUUAUCAAUCCUAUUUGAAUCAACUAUCAACUUCAAACAAUAUUUCUUUAUCAACGAAAGUUUUUUAUAAUUGUACAUCAUCAAGGUUUGGUCCACGGUGCCAAUAUUUAUUUCCUUUUCGAACAACGCAAAAACUGACAUCAGUAUACGAAUUAAUUCAGGGUUUCUAUUUAGAACGAACUGAUCAAAGAGACGCACUAUCAUGUUAUAGUCAUUUAAAUUGUAGUUUUGGUUCAGUAUUGCUAUGCCUUGAUUGGAAUCAAAUUUGUGAUGGUUUCAUUCAGUGUACCGACGGAGUUGAUGAGCAAGACUGCUGGCAAAUGGAAAUGAAUCAAUGUAAAGAAAACGAAUAUCGAUGUCGAAAUGGUCAGUGUAUAUCCUCAGUGUUUCUUGAUGACAAUACUUUUGCUAUCGAAUGUCUUGAUCAUUCAGAUACCAAAGAGAAGUUAUAUUGGGAUACAGUUCUACGACAAUUGUAUGACCCUCAGCGACCACUAUUCAUCAAUGAAGAAGUGCUUACUUACAAUGGCACUGGUCAUUUUGGUCCAUUUUUUAGACAACGCAACCGCAGGUAUCUUUUUAUUAAUCAUAUGAUAUCACAACCCGAUAAAUCAAUGUUACGUACGUGCUGGUUUCCACUUUACUGUUAUCUUGGAUUUUUUAACCCUUCGGAAUAUAGUUGUAGACAUAUGUGUUCAGAAGAACACUGCCAGAAGACAAUUAAUGAAAGUUGUCCGUAUAUGUUUCAUGCACCAUCCGCAGCAAUUGUCUUUGGUCAUGUCUAUCUAGCAUAUACAAAACAGUACAUUGUUCAACAGAAAACAUGGCUAAAUGCACCUGAAUAUAUAUGUUACAAUGAACAAUUGUGUGGUGGCUUUAAUCCCAAUCAAGAAACAAUUUAUUUCAACAACAGUCUAUGUCGUCGUGUUCAGGAUGUCCUUCCUCGUGUUAUUUCACAUCCGGAUGGAAUUGAAAUGAUUCGGCAAUAUAUUUAUCAACUAUCAUUUUAUCUUUCGAAAUGCAAUACAAUGCCACAAAAUGAUGCUACAUUCUGUGAUAAUCGAACGAUGUACCGGUGUUUGAAUUCUUCGAAAUGUAUAGCAAAAAUUCGUAUCUUCGAUCAAUUUGAAGACUGUGAUUAUGGAGAUGAUGAAAACAUGCAAAAAAACAUUUUAAUUCAUGAAAUUUGUCUGACGGAACGAUCUUUAACACAUUUUAUAUGUCCCAAUACAAAUAAAUGUAUUUCUCGAAAGUUACUAAGAGAUUCAAAAUGUGAUUGCGGAUAUUUAGAUGCUGAACAAUUUAUAUGUCCUGAUGAAGAUAUAAUAAUGAAAUCUAUUCGAGAAAUCAUAUCAUUUCCAACGAUCUGUAAUGGUUUUAACGAUUUAAAUCCUAUACUUAUUGAUGGACAGAAUUAUACAGAUGAAACUGAAUGUAAUCAAUGGAUGUGUAAUAAUGCAUAUACUCGUUGUAACGGCUAUUGGGAUUGUUAUGAUGGAGCUGAUGAAGUUGAUUGUCAUGAAUUCUUAUCGGGUUUGAAUUGUACAGCUCAUAGCUUUUUAUGUCUGUCAUCUAUUACGCAUAAAUUUGUGUGUCUUUCGAUAGACAAAAGUAAUGAUGGCAAUAUCGAUUGUCUCGGUGGUACUGAUGAACCACAUAUGUGUCGAUAUAAUACUCAAACCUAUGGCAAUGGAUUCUACUGUAAAGAUCAAACGACUCUUUCACCCAUUUGUAUUCAACGCCAGAAAAUGUGUGCUACCGAUCAACCGUGUGCAAAUAAGGAAAUGUUUUACCUUUGUGAAAUGUCUUCUUUUCCUUUUUUCCGAGAUGGUGUUUGUGAUACAGGCGAUUUUUCAUAUGCUGGAGAUGCUAAUAUGAAAUUGUGUUAUCUUUUCAGAUUUACACCAAGGCCUGAUAUUGUGCAUUUUUCUCUUGCUCAAGUAAAAUCAAUAUUUAUGGAUGAAGACAAAAACCUCCCACUCAACGGGAUUCUCAUUAAUGAGAUGGAUUCUGAUAUAUCCCGCAGCGUUUGUAUUCAUGGUGUACCUUUGAGAGUUGUAUUUGAUAUUAACAAACUUUUGCUUAAAACAACAUGUUUGUGCCUUCCAAAUUACUAUGGACCACAUUGCCAAUAUCAAAAUCAAAGAGUUAGCUUUACGAUGAAACUUCAAACAUUUUCUGAUUCGUGGCACACACAAUUUAUUCUUAUUGUUUCACUUAUAGAUGAUACAGAUCAACGAACUAUUCAUUCAUAUGAACAAAUAACUUAUUUUCCAAUGCAAAAUUGUCAAACAACAUUUGAUAUCUAUUUACUUUAUUCAAAUCGACCAAAAAAUGAAUCCAAUCAAUAUGCAAUACAUAUUGAUAUUUAUGAAAAAUUAUCAUUAAGUUAUCGAGGAGGUUUCUUUAUUCAUAUUCCAUUUCUAUUUUUACCUGUACAACGUAUUGCCAGUCUAUUGAAUAUUCCGUAUAAAGAUUAUGGUAUGAAAAACUGUUUUAUAGACGGAUGUUUACAUGGUGAAUGUAUUCGCUAUUUUGAAGACACAAAUGCCAGAACUUUUUGCAAGUGUUUUAAAGGAUGGACUGGUCGGCUUUGUACAAUUGAAUAUCAAUGUCAUUGUUCAUUGGAUUCUUUAUGUCAUGGUAUAUCAGCACAUCAACGUUCAAUUUGUAUUUGUCCAAUAGAUAAAUGGGGUCCUCGAUGUUUAAUAUCUGAUACAACAUGUCAUUUAAAUAAUCCAUGUCAAAAUAAUGGUACUUGUAUACCUUAUGAUCAACAUAUUUCACCUGGAAAUACAUUUGAAUGUAUCUGUUCAAAAGAUUUUUAUGGAAAACGAUGCGAAUAUUCAUCUUUCAAAUUGAUUUUAACAUUUUCGAAUGAUAUUGAUAUACCUGAAGCAAUGUUGAUUCAUUUUGUUGAGGUAAAACAUAGACAAGAACCAGAAAAGGGUAUUACUUUUAAAAAAAUUCCAAUCACUCGAAAUCCUGUGGCCAUCUAUUGGGCUGGAACUGUUCAUAUAACUUUUGUUGAAUUAUUUAUUAAUCAGUAUUAUUUGAUUUUUCUUGAAGAGAAAUAUAAUCAAUCCAAUGUUAUUGAAAAACAACUCAAAUUAUCUGAUUAUUGUCCACAUAUUCGUCAAGUAUUUAAUGAGACACUUGCUAAACUUCAUCUUAUUCGUCGUAUUAAAUUUUAUCAUUUCAUUUGUCGAAACUAUUCACGGGAACUUUCAUGUUUCUAUGAUGAUAUUUAUGUUUGUUUUUGUGUUCAAUUUAAUAAUCAGCGACAGGCAAACUGUCUAGAAUUUAAUCAUACAUUAAAACGCGAUUGUUCUGGUCGAAGUAGAUGUGAAAAUGGCGGCCAAUGUUUACAAGACAGUACAGCUUGUCCACAAACAUCAAUGUGUAUUUGUCCAUCAUGUUUUUAUGGAUUACAGUGUGAAUUUACUUCAAACGGACAUAGUCUUUCACUUGAUGCUAUUCUUGGCUAUCAUAUUCAACCAUUUGUUUCUAUAACACAACAACCAAUGAUUAUCAAAAUAAGUGUUACUUUAGUUAUGAUUAUUACUAUAAUAGGAGCUUUGAAUGGUAUAUUUUCUCUUAUAACAUUUAUACAAAAAGAUUUGAAACAAACUGGUUGUGGAAUUUAUCUUCUUGCUGCAUCAAUAACAACAUUAUUUAACACAACUACAUUUUUAAAUAAAUUUGUUAUACUUGUCGUAGCACAAACGACAUAUAUAACAAAUAUUUUAUUUUUACAAAUUCAAUGUCGAAGUAUUGAUUAUUUAAUACGUGUUGGUCUUAAUUUAGACCAAUGGUUAAAUGCAUGUAUAGCUGUUGAACGUGCUAUUACAGUUCUAAAAGGAAUUCAUUUCAAUAAAAAGAAAAGUGUAAAAAUUUCUAAAUAUGUUAUAAUUGUUCUUAUUAUUGUAAUUAUCAGUUCAAAUGUUGUUGAUCCAAUUCAUCGACGUCUUGUUUAUAUUGAUAAUAAUGAUGAAAAACGAAUUUGGUGCGUUCUUCAUUAUCCAUCAACUGUUCAAAAAUUCAAUAUAACAGUGAAUAUUUUUCACUUUUGUUUACCUUUUAUCAUUAAUUUUAUGUCGGCAUCAAUUAUUAUUAUCAGUAGUGCUCGUUUAAAAUCCGUUGUACAAUCCACCAGUUCAUAUAAAGAACAUUUCAUUGAGCAAUUUAAGCAACAUCGUCAUCUUCUGGUUUCAUCACUUUUACUAUUUAUUUUAGGAGUUCCACGUUUAGUUAUUGUAUUUUCUGGAGGUUGUAUGAAGACAAAUGCUGAUGCUUGGUGGUUUCUGAUGGGAUAUUUUAUUUCCUUUUUCCCGCCAAUGCUUAAUUUUGUUAUAUUUGUUAUACCAUCAGAAGUAUAUGUAAAACAGUUUCGCACGACUAUUAAGACAUAUCGUGAUGCUAUAAAACGACGUUUAAAAUAG